AUGUCGGACCCAAACGACCUCAAUUUGGACGCUCCAAGCGAUCUUCAGGACAUUCCUGAUGCCUCUAUGACACUGCUUCCUCCUCGUGCUGGCCGCUACCCUGAUAAGUAUGUCCUCUCUCUUGAAAACAAUAUCGCGUCGCGUCACGUUACGUCACUAACCUCGGCUGCCUACGUUUCUUCUAGAGAGACACUCAUGAAUUCAGUUCAUGCUCACAGCAAGGCUCAUGGUUACAAUGUAGUCGUUAAGACUUCUAGCAUGCCAACCCCGGAGAAGCCUGGACGUACUCACAAGAUUUGGUUGCGCUGUGAUCGUGGUGGAUCUUACCGUGCUCGCAAUGGACUUACUGAGGAGACCCGCAAGCGUCGUCGCACCUCGCGUCUUAUGGAUUGUCCUUUCAAGGUGAUUCUGACCAAGUUGGAUAAUGGAGAAUGGAAUCUGGAGGUCACCAUCCCCAAUCACAACCAUGGCCCAAGUCUCGAUAGACCCCGCCAGGCCCCUCAGCACAAGGUUCGCAAGGGCCAGCUGCAGGCCGCCCCCUAUGACUGGCCUCACGACGCUUCCUUCUCCCCUCACACUACAGGUCUUGUCAUUGUUGAUAUGCAGCGUGACUUUUGUGACACCGCCGGUUACAUGGCAUUCCAGGGCCAUGAUAUCUCUGCUGCACAGAACCUGAUCCCCAAGGUUGCUCGUGUCCUGGACAUCUUCCGUCGUGCUCAAUUCCCCGUCUACUUUACCCGUGAAGGCCAUCGCCCGGACCUGUCCACCCUUUCACGCCGUGAGCAGUUCCGUUCUCACAACGGCUCGCAACUGGGCAUUGGUGACCAGGGGCCCCUUGGACGUCUUUUGGUUCGUGGUCAACCUGGCUGGAACAUCGUUAACGAGCUCCAGCCUCUUGACAACGAACCCGUCAUCGACAAGCCGGGCCGCGGAGCCUUUGCUCACACCGAAUUCGAGCUGAUCCUCCGCAACAAGGGAGUGAAGAACCUGGUAAUUGUCGGCGUCACUACCGACGUCUGUGUCUCUACCACAAUGCGUGAGGCCAACGACCGCGGUUUUGACUGCCUCCUCCUCGACGACGGAACUGCGGCCGCUGAACAGGCCCUCCACACAAGCACCAUCGAGUCCGUCAAGAUGGAGGGUGGAAUCUUCGGUGCGGUGUCCAACGUCGACACCGUGGUUCACGCCCUGGAGACCUUCAAGGCCGCCGCUGAGAAGAAGCUUGCCACUCAGGUGGCAAACUAA